GUGGCGCCAACCAAGGCCCCGGCGGCGUCCUGCAGAUGCCCCAUUUCACCUGGCACCGCUGAAGACAAAGACCGGGCCAGCCGGGGAGCCGUGGACAAGAUGGAACAGCAGCGGCGUGCUGCCUGGAUACAGCAGGCAGAUGCCGAGGGUGCUGCGUUUCCGGUCCUGCUGCAGAUUCUGGGCCAGCUGAUGACCGUGCUUUCCUCGAUCUCGGAGGGCCAAAUGGUGUUGGUCCACGAAAGUGAGCGGAUCAGCACCCGACAUGAGACGCCGUUGCUCGGCAGCUUGGUACCCCGGGCGGGCUUCCGGCGCCAUCCACUCCUGGAGCAGCUGCCGGACAUCAAGAGCAUCUUGAGCAAGGCGAAGCAGGAGCAGAUCAUUGACACGGCGAGCGCUGAGGAACUGAACCUCUUUCGUGGCACCGCUGUCCCCAGCUUUAUGUUACAGAUGCGGAAAGCACCCGAUAAUGUGGAUCUAAUGGCGAAAGUCAAAGAGCUCGACAAGCAACUUGGCAGGGUCAAGAAGCAAAUCGAGGAAGCGCUUCUCUUGCCACAUCCGGCUGCACUGGCAUCGUCCAGC